AUGUCCAACCUGUCCAACCUGCUCAUCUUCGGGGCCACCGGCACCAUCGGCCGCUACAUCACCGACGCCAUCGUGGCGGCGCGUCCCUCGUUCGGCCGCAUCGCCAUCUUCACCAGCCCCAACACCCUCCACUCCAAGCCCGACCAGCUGGACGCCCUCCGGCGCCAGGGGGUCGAUAUCCUCGUGGGCGAUUUGACCAACCGCGAGGAAGUCCGGCGGGCGUACGAAGGCAUCGACACGGUGGUGUCGGCCCUCGGUCGUGGCGCCAUCGCAGCCCAGAUUCCCCUCAUCCAGCUGGCGAACGAGACCCCCCACAUCCACCGCUUCCUCCCCUCCGAGUACGGCACCGACAUCGAAUACGGCCCGGCCUCGGUGCACGAGCGGCCGCACCAGCAGAAACUCCUGGUGCGCGCCGCCCUGAAGGAGGUGCGUCCGUCGCUGGAAUACGCCUACGUGGUGACGGGGCCCUACGCCGACUUCCCCUUCUACCUCGGCCGCUCCACCCGGUGCCCCCAGGCCGGCACCUUUGAUGCCCUCGCCAAGCAGGCCGUCCUGCUCGGCGAUGGCACUGGCCGGGUGAGCCUGAGUGCCUGCGACGAUGUUGGCCAGUUCGUCGUCCACGCCCUCACCCACUGGGACGGAGCCCGCAAUCGCGCCCUCAAGCUCAACUCGUUCACCACCACCCCGGCCGACAUCCUGGCCGAGUUCGAGGCGCAGACGGGCGCCCAGUGGACGGUCGAGUACACCUCCCUCGACCAGCUACGGUCGCUGGAGCGGGAGGCGUGGGCCAAGGAGGCCCCCGAGGCGACGGGCUGCACGCUGCGGCGCAUCUGGACCGAAGGGGGCACCCUCUACGACCGCCGCGACAACGAGGACAUCGGCGUCACCGAGACCAAGACCCUGGGCGAGCUGGUGACGGGCUCCAUCCGGUCCCAGGUGGAGGGCGUCCCCUCCCGGCAUUGA